AUCAGUGGGUGUCAUCCCGCAGGCGGAAGCGUCAUCGAACAAUAUAACAAAGUUUUAAGGAUGGCAAACAAGAUUUUGGAUGGUGGGCCGUGGACAGGGUGUGCCGUCAUGUUCCUGCAGUCGCUGUGUCCUGGUGUGAACCUGCUCUCUCUCUUCAAAGACAGAGAACAGGGAAAAUUCAUCGUUUUCAAAGUCAUCAAGCUGACACUUACAGAUUCUGCAGGAGGUCUGGGUGGUUAUCAGAUCCUUAAAGUCCAUGAUGCUGAUCCCUUCCUCGGGGUGGAGGUGAAGUUCGAGAACGUGGCAGCGUGUCAGCAGUUCCUGGAGAGCUACAGCUCUGGAGCGGUGCGUCAGUCCCUCUCUCAGCACGCCUGCAGGCUUCUCGCUCUUCCCCAAGAAAUCACAGUGGAGACUCAACUCAAGGCCAGCGCGCACAUCCUGGAUCUCUAUCUGGAUAAGCUGGAGCUUUGCCUGCAGCACAUCCACCUGUCACAGCCGGAGCGCCUGCGCGAUGAAGAGAUUGAUGAUCUGGAGCAGCAGCUGCAGAAUCAGGCCCUCGGCCCCGCACCGCAAUUGACCCCCAUCCCACAGGAAGAGUCCCCCGUCCCCAGCAACUGCUUUAAGUUUCAGAAUAAAGUCUUUGAGGACCGAGUGCUGACGGCGGCAGAUGUUCAGAGCUUUUCGUCUGGAGUGGGCCGUCAUUGGAGGCACGUAGGGAGGACCCUGGGGAAGAGCUGCCGGGCUCUGAAGGGUCUGACUAUAGACAACCUGGCCUACGAGUACGAGAGAGAAGGGCUGUAUGAGCAAGCCUAUCAGAUGCUCAACCGCUUUAUCCAGGCGGAGGGGAGAGGGGCGAAGCUGAGCCGGCUGGUCAGAGCGCUGGAGGACUGCAAACUCACCAGCCUGGCUGAAAAUAUUCUGGACAUACAGCCACGAGAGUAACUCAGUGUGCUUUUGUUCUGCGUGUACGAGUCGUGAAAACUGAGGGGUGACAGGUCCUCUGUGCAUGAGGAGCGGUGCACUUUGUCCUGCCUGCUGUUAAUAUCCAGUAUGUUUGUUCUUGAUUGAGUGUCAUUCAAAAUCAUUCCUCUCUCCCUCUCUCUCUCUCUCUGUGUGUGUGUGUGUGUGUGUGUGUGUGUGUGUGUGUGUGUGUGGGGG